UUCGCGAAAUAUAAUGUAAACUUUACGGAGCCUCCGCGAAGGAAAAGAUGGGGAGAAAAGCGAACAAAGGCAGUCAUAAUCAACCGAAUUUAGUCUCUUCUGCAUAGCUGGGUGAAAUAAAAGAAAGAAAUCAAUGAAUUCAAGAAAUGAUGGAAAUGUCUUGUCGGCGCAAGCAGAAAUCUCCACGCAGAUUAUCAGAAGACCUAGAAGACCAGCCUACAGAACAAGCUGAAGAACAAAUGAAUCAAACAGAUAAUUCUACUCCAGAAACCAAAUCUUCCCUGUGCCAUCUAUGCAAUUAUGAGUUUUCUGGGCCCGGACAGCUUGCGAUUCAUCUUAGAUAUGUACACCAGCAGAUAGCCCAAAUUUCACCCAAGGUCAAGAAGGGGUCAGAGGGUCAAAGGUCAACUGAGAAAGGAGGAGAAGAGGGCAGCAGACAUGAAUCAGUUUGUCAGCACAGCAGAUCAAGUCCUCUACAAGACAAUGCAGUGUUUGAUGAUGGACAAGCCGCCAGGAGAAGGAUGUAUGUGCAAUCUAGCAUGCCUGAUGAUCGCUAUAUUUACUGUGAGGAAUGCAAGGAACGUUACGAAGGGGAGUGCCCGCUGCACCCCUUCACCAUCAUCGAAGACAAACCCGUACCCGCGGAGUGUGAGAACCGGGCCAGAUUAACCCUCCCGGACUUCCUCUCUAUCUCACGCUCCGGAGUGGAGGGGUGCGGGGAAGGGGUGUGGGCCGAGAAACACAUACCCAAAGGGGUGCGGUUUGGUCCCUACGCAGGGGAGAUCGUUAGCAACGAUGCCGGCUACUGGAGCGGAUAUGCUUGGGAGAUAUGCGUCCAGGGCAAGGUGAUUCACUGCAUCGAUGGCAAGGACGAGAGGAAAGGAAACUGGCUUCGCUUUGUCAACUGCGCCCGUAACUUGGCGGAACAGAACCUGGUGGCCUUCCAGCACCUUGGAGAGAUCUACUACCACACCUGCAAGCCCAUCGAGCCUGGAACGGAACUACUGGUCUACUACGGUGAGGAAUUCGCCAAAAAGCUGGACGUGGUCUCGGAACUGACCAGCCUUAUGUAUGACUCAAAAUCUGGAACGUACAAGUGUGAGUUCUGCGGUCGACUGUUCACCAUCGCGAUCUAUCUUGCCCGCCAUCUCCGUUACUCCCACAACAAAGUUAUCAGAGGUUCUUCAACCAGUCAUCACGUGGUCAAGAGCAUCGACAGACAGACCCUUGCAGCUAUGGUUGCCGAAGCAGAGGUGUACAAUCAACUAACAGCCAACAGUGAGGCCUUUACAGGUCAAAGGUUGGAGUUGGGAGGUCAGGGUUCGGAGGAGAGGGAUCAGGAUUCAGAGUUAGGGGAUCAGAGUGGAGAACUCGCAGGUCAGAGUUCAGGGAUGGGAGGUGACACGUAUGAGAAUGGAGGAGAAGACUCCAGUGAGCCGGCGCAUAUGAGCGAGAGCUCUCAAGGUUAUGAGGAUGCAGGUCAGGGGUCAGAGUUUUAUGACCAAAGGGGUCAGAGGUCAGAUGGAGAGAGUGAGAGUGUGGGUGGUUACGCCACGAGUAACGGUGAACCCAUGAUGGAUCUUGGUAUGCAAAGGUAUAGGGAUUUUGAAGCAAAUGAAGGGAAUAGGGGUGUAGAGGUUGAGAGAGGAGAUGGUGCAGGUGGUGCAGAAGAUGCAGCGGAAGCGGGGAAAGGGUAUGUGUGUGGCGUUUGUGGGCAGCAGUUCGCUCUCGAGUUGGUCUACAAUGCUCACAUGAUAACACAUAGUGUUGUCGACGGUCAGAGGUGUGAGUUAUGCGGUGAUCUGUUUCCAACGAAGGAAGAUCUUCUUGGCCAUGCCUGUAUGCAGGGGUCAAGGGUUGCUGAGAACGGGGACAACCAAUCACACUUGGAUGCUAACAAGCCGUUCGUCUGCACGUUCUGCGGCAAACGCUUCAGCCACAAGGAGUACCUGCGAACCCAUGUACGCAUCCACACGGGAGAGAAACCCUACAGCUGUCGCUUCUGUGACAAGUCCUUCACGCAGGGGAGUGCACGGAACACGCAUGAACGGACCCACACCAGGGUCAAACCGUUCAUGUGCGAUGUGCCAACAUGUGGGAUGAGGUUCAGAGAUGGGAGUCAUCUCCGGACUCACAAGCGCAUCCACAGUGACUCCAAGCCAUUCCAGUGUAGGUUCUGUGGCAAAUGCUUCCUCUUUGCCAGUCAGUUGAUGCAGCAUGAGCUUACGCACAGCUCUCUGAAACCCUACGUCUGCGGUGUUUGUGGAAGAGGGUUCAAUCAGAAGGCAUACUUGCGUGUUCAUGAACGCUUGCAUACGGGUGAGAAGCCCUACCCGUGCAGAGUUUGCGGGAAGCGAUUCAACCAGAUGACAUCGCGCAAUGUCCAUGAACAGAAGCAUGGAAACUGGGGGAUGUAUGACUGCAAGAAGUGUGGUCUGAGCUUCAAAAGAAGUCGAGACCUGCUGCGGCACGAAUGCAGUGGCAUGGCUCCUGUAAAUGGUGUCCCGCCUAUGCUCUUGCAGCGGCCGAUACAUCCUGCCCCAGUGCCGCAUCAGCAGGUUUUCCCAUGUAGGCAGUGUCCGGAGGUCUUUGCGUCUUCUUCAGAACUUCAUCAACACCAGCAGUCUCAUGUGCUGCGGCCAUUUUCCUGCGACAUAUGCAGCAAGCGUUUCACGCACAGGAGCUACCUUGAGAUUCACGUUCGAAUCCAUACCGGGGAGAAGCCUUACUCCUGUAAGUACUGCGGGAAGACCUUUAGUCAAACCAGUUCCAGGAAUGCUCAUGAGAGAAUUCAUGAAAGAAUCAAAGCAGCAAAAGAAGCAGAACAAAAUUGCAAUGAAGCACAAGAAGGUGGUGAGAAAGAAGUUGCAGACGGAGCCAACGGAGAGAAGGAAGGCGAGAAGGCUUCAGAAACAAAUAGUGAAAAUUCCACUAUGCCAAAUCUUCCAGUGCGUCCAGCUAUCCAGAGCUGUCGUUAUUGCAAUAAAACCUUCACUGAUGCUGCCUUGCUUGUUAGUCAUGAACAGACGCACAUGCGGCCAAGAGAUCAUGUUUGUGGCUUUUGUGGGAAGGCUUUUAGCAAAGGCCGAUAUCUGCAGAUUCACGAAAGAACACACACGGGCGAGAAACCAUAUCAGUGCCGGUACUGUACCAAGCGCUUUACCCAAGGAAGCUCUCGUAAUGUUCACGAGAGGAUACAUGUAAGGAAUGGGGACUAUAAACUCAGCCCUCUGUCCCCUGUAGAUCAGAUGCCAUUGCCUAGUCCGAAUGUUCCAUAUGAUACCAUUCCAAAUUACAAUAAUCAGAAUCUCCCGGACCAUCCCAACUCUGCCUUGCGCCCAAUGUACACCUGUAGGUUCUGCAGCAUGCGCUUCGAUGACACUGCUGCACUUGCGCAUCAUGAGAAAGUGCAUGGUAUCAGACCAUUCAUUUGCAACAUAUGCGGGAGGACGUUCACGCAGAGUCGCUACCUGCAGAUCCACGUCCGCACGCACAUCGGCGAGCAGCCUUACCCCUGCCGCUUUUGCAGCAAGCGCUUUUCCCAGUGCAGCGCCAGGAACAUGCACGAACGCAUCCACACCGAGUUCCGACCCCACCAGUGCCCCGUGUGUGGAAAGUCGUUCAUCGUGAACAGUGCCCUGCAGAAGCACCUCCAGAAACAUCAGUUCUCUGGCAAUCCUUCCCUGCCUGGAAGCGAAACAGCGCCACCGCAAAAUAUGCUCUUGCUCUGAUGACUGGUAUGAACCUUUCACAUGUAUUCACUGCCUUUUGAUGUUUGCCGUUCAUGUGUUUGCUCGAAGAGGUUAAGACUAAAUUUACAGGCCAUGCAAUUUGAUGGCACCGUGUGGACUACAUCAAUAAGUAGCACAGCCCCCUUACAAGUAAUAUUCAGCAUACAUGAAAAGUAUGAAAUAUAAUGCAUGAGUAUGAAAUUAUACGCUAUAACGAACAUAUUUCAUGGGGAAUAAAGCAGAUGGUCUCCAAUAUCUUCAUCACAAUAACAACAAGUGAUAUCCGUAUCAAAUAAUACUUAUGUACUGUACAUGUAUUUCUGCCUUACAUUUAAAUAUUUACUUAUAUGUACAUGUAAGAUCAUGUAUAUCAUCUCUUUCUGUACCAACACUAUAUGUUGGCAAGCGAUAUCAAAAGGAGAUAUUGGAAAGCUUAGCCUGAAAAUGCAGAUACUGUAACACUAUACAAUACACUCUCCAUGUUUAUGUACACCAGUGUUGUUACUACAGUCACCGGCGCGAAAUUUCCGGACGGCACUGAAUAAAAUAUCACAUCCUUCUGACCGGCACUAAUAUUCCCACCGACAGUUAACUUUAUGAACAUUUUAAUGUGUAAAUCCUGAAAGCCACCUAUAUUUUCUCCCCCAGAACCCCCGCAACAAGCAACAAAGUUUCCAACACAAAAAGGUCCCAGGUGACAACCCUGACGUACACCAAAUAAUGAUAUUGCUCUCUGAAUGAUCCCAGAUAAAAAAAGGGCAAGAGUAAUCCAUUGCUGACUGAAAGUGGGUGUUCUUGCGCAACGCCUUUGGGAAUCGCAGAACUCAGUAUUCAACAGGUUAACUUAUGAACUACUGGAACCACGUAAUCCCCGUACAAAGUCUGUAAUAGUCCCAGAAUUUAGUUGUCAGCAGGUUAAACCAUUGAUAACUGGAACCAGAUGGACCUGUACAAAACCUAUGGGAAUUACAGGACUCGGGAGUCAAUGGGGUGCGAAAAGAAUGCCUAUUGGGUCACUGGGUGUGGGGGAUCCAGUCCCGUUGCAGUGACUACUCGGAUUGAUCAAGGGUAUAAAGAGGUUCUAGAAAAGUACAGUGUUUGCUGAAUUUGUGUUGAGCUUGAUAGCUGACAUCUUGCCUAGUAGUAAUGUACAUCAUCUUUUUAAGAAAAAUUCUGAUGAUUUUUCUGGAAAAAAAUGAAUUCAAGGGGGGGAAGGGUAACAGUGUGAAAUUGAAUUCUUCCUGUCGACACUUACGUUAUUUUUAAGGUAGGGAUAGAUUGGUUAUUCGAUUUGAGAGAGGUAGCUGAGAAAAGGAAGUAGGACUAGAUGAAUAAUACAGCAUUCAUUAAGGAGUGUAGACAGAAAUUUUGAUCUAUUCUAGGGAUUUGGGAAUCAUUAAAAAAAAACUGACGUUACGAUCUUCUCCCUCUGUGGAAGUCCGUGGAUCUGGACUUGGAUUUCAGCGGAAUGCACAGAGACUGAAGCUUGUGGUCUUUUGUGAAAGAAGAAGAAAGAAUGAUGGUAGAAAAAGAUAGAAAGAGAGAGGGAAAGAGGGGGUCAAGUGAGAGAGAUGUCAUGAGAGACAGAGGUUUUGAGAGAUCGAUAGCUUUAGCUUUAGGCUGCCUUCCAAUGAUCGGUGCAUUCAAGGAAGUAGU